AUGCAGCCUCAGUUUCCUCCAGCGCAGGAGCCGAGCUCCGCCUCCCACCUGGACCUGCCGGAGAUGGAGAAGCUCCUCACCAAGGUAAAGGACAAGGAUGACAAGACCCUGAAUCUGUCCAAGUCCCUCUCAGGGGCCCUGGAUCUGGAGCAGAAUGGCCACAGCCUGCCCUUCAAGGUGAUCUCCGAGGGGCGCCGGGAGUCCCCACUCGCCCGGUCCCCCUCCAGGGCCAGCUCGAGGCGGGCGUCCUCCACUGCCACCACCUCAUUCGCCCAGGACCAAGAAGUUCCCAAAGAUUACCUCAUCCUCGCCAUCGCCACUUGCUUCUGCCCCGUCUGGCCCCUCAACCUCAUCCCCCUCAUCUUCUCUAUCAUGUCCCGAAGCAGCGUGCAACAGGGGGACCUGGAUGGGGCCCGGAGGCUGGGCCGCCUGGCCCGGCUGCUCAGCAUCACCUUCAUCAUCAUGGGGACGGUCAUCAUCAUCGUGGCUGUGACUGUCAACUUCACAGGACAAUGCAGCCUGCCUUCUGCUGCAUACCUGCGCUGUGGCCUGUGCACCAACCAAGAACUCCUAGAACUCAACCAGGCCAAGGGCCUGAGCUCUCGUCUUGCCAUGGCCUCCUUGAAGGUCUGGGGAGGCUGGGCAAGUCCAGGAAGCCCAAGAGGAAUAGAGGGAGUCCCAGAGCUGGAGGAGUCUGGAGGUCUUGGGGCCAGCCUGGCCAGCAGGGUGGUGCCUGGCAUCGCGGGCAGGGUCACGGAGCCACCCUUGGAGAUGCUUGGACCCACCUCCUACCAAGUCACCCCAGGAGGGAUACAUAAGACAGGGCCCCUGUGA